CUCAAAAUGGAGGACCAUGUGACCAAAAUGAACAUGUUUUCUUCUGACACGUCUAAUGACUUCACAGAUGGAUUUCAAGCAGAAAUAAGUUCAGUCCCAGGUAAAGCUCAAGACCAAGGUCUGCUAUGUAAAGUGUGUUCUGACUCAAGCAGUGGUAAACACUAUGGGAUCUACGCCUGCAACGGCUGCAGUGGCUUCUUCAAGCGCAGUGUGAGACGAAGACUCAUCUACAGGUGUCAGGCUGGAAAUGGAAGGUGCCCCGUUGACAAGGCACAUCGGAACCAAUGCCAAGCUUGUCGACUUAAAAAGUGUCUCCAAGCUGGCAUGAACAAAGAUGCUGUGCAGAAUGAGCGACAGCCUCGAAGCACAGCACAUGUCAGUCUAGACUCUGUAAAUGUGGACACUAAAACGGAGCACCUGGCCACCACACGGGAGCUUAUCUCCUCCACCCCCUACUCAUCAGUCAUCUGCAAACCUCUGGUCACUUCCUCCGUCACCAGCUCUGCCGCUGUACAGCCCUGCAGCAACACCAAUAACUACCACCGCUUUAUGGUCAGCCUGCUGACUGCAGAAACCUGUGCAAAACUGGAGCCUGAGGAUGUGGAUGAGAAUAUUGAUGUGACAACGAAUGAUUCAGAGAGAGAUCGGACUCCCUCUGACUGUCGUCUGUCCCCGUACACCUCCAGCUGUCCAGAGAGUAUAUAUGAGACAUCGGCACGACUCCUUUUCGUGUCUGUCAAGUGGGCAAAAAACUUGCCUGUUUUUGCACACUUGCCAUUUCGAGACCAGGUGAUUCUUCUUGAGGAAGCUUGGAGUGAGAUGUUCCUCUUGUGUGCCAUCCAGUGGUCCCUGCACAUGGACAGCUGUCCUCUUCUGUCUCUGCCAGAUCUCUCUCCCACACAGCAGGCCAAGAUCAGCCUCCCCAUAGCUGACCUGCGCAUCCUGGAAGAGGUCUUUAAUCGCUUUAAGGCCCUCGCUGUUGACCCUACUGAGUUUGCCUGCCUCAAAGCCAUUGUUCUGUUCAAGCCAGAGACACGCAGCCUCAAAGACCCAGAGCAGGUGGAGAAUCUGCAGGACCAGUCACAGGUGUUGUUAGGUCAGCACAUUCAUUCACUAUACCCCAGCCAAAGUUCCAGGUUUGGAAGACUGUUACUUCUGCUGCCAUCCCUCCACUUUGUGAGCUCUGAGAAAAUAGAGCAGCUGUUCUUUCACAGAACCAUUGGCAGUACGCCCAUCGAGAAGCUGCUGUGUGACAUGUUCAAAAGCUAA